AUGAACUUCCAGAGAAACGACCUGAUCGCAAAGCGAUUACAUUGUUUUUGGUUGAUAGAAAAGGUAGCUAAUUUUACCUGUACGAAGUGCCGCUCGCCGAGAUAA